UUGGGUCGUCCAGCUCAAAAUCAUCCAGUUAUUCUGGUUAAUCAUGGAGAGAAUCCUGUCGCAUUCAAAGUGCUCACCACCGACAAUUAUGCAUAUUUUGUCAACCAUGUAUUCGGCGUGAUUCCUGGUCGACAUCUUCAUGCAAUACCUCAUGUUCGAGCGCCGAAUCAGUUCAAUUUGUUAGUGUUUCGGCGACCAUACGACUGUUUCUGCGAUGAACAGCAACCAUCACACUGGAAUACGCCCAGAAAGGAUAAACUGUUCAUCCUGCUGGCCCCGGUGUUCUCAUUCAAUAUCCCACCAGCUGCUGUUUUUCAUCACGAGGGUCCUUAUGAGAAGCUGCGAAUCUGUCUCGAAUAUACAGGAAUGCCAAUGGAUCCAGCCAAAGGUUCCUGGAUUCUCUUAGCUAUUUUUUGCCCGAAUAUAUCAUUUAUUACUCAAAAG